AUGAGUUAUUUUGGUGUUUUGGCUCUGAAUGUCAUUAUUAUUCAUUGGACAAGUGGCAAGCCUUUAGAAGACCAGGGCAGGUUACUUGUGAUGGGGAACUCUCACAAAUACUAUGGUAACCUUAAAAAAGUGGAGGCAGAAACUCAUUCCAACUUUAAGGCUUUCCUGGAGAACCUGAAAGCAGAUUUUUUGAGGAGUUUGAAUUUAACAGAGAUACCUUCACAUGAGAACAUGAAAGAGGAGCCACCCCAGUUCAUGAUUGAUUUGUACAACAGAUAUACCAAGGACAAGUCCUCCAGUCCCAUAUCGAACAUUGUUCGCAGCUUCAGUGCUGAAGAUGUUACUUCUCUCACAUCACUGGAAAUUAAUUCCUUUCAGAAAUACAUCUUGCUCUUCAAUGCUUCCAUACCAUGGCAUGAAGAAGUCACCAGAGCUGAGCUAAGAAUUCAUGUUAACUGUCAAAAGGAGGCAGAAUGUUUCUCUCAUCUUCAAGGAAACAUGGCCAUUUAUGAUGUAUUUGAAAGAGAUCACUGGGAAAAGCCAAAAGAUGUAAAAUCCUCCCUAGUCUCCAAAGAAAUCCAAGAAUGUGGCUGGGUUAUGUUUGAUGUGUCUGGCACUGUGAAAAGAUGGGUUAAGGCAGAAAAAACCAAGACUACUAGUCGACUGGAAAUUGCUGUGGAGAGUCAUGUUCAAGGUGACAUCAACUGUGGGAAACUGCACAUCAAUGCAAAACCUGACUCCAACCAUUUGCCAUUGUUGAUGGUGUUUUCUAAUGAUCACAGCAACAGAAUCAAGGAGAAUCACACUGGACUUCAGAAAAUGGUGCAUGAACGUAAGAGUGUGCUUAAGAAUGCAGUGACGAACAAUACUGCCCACAAACAGAGUACACUGUCGGUCAAUGGAAUCCAUCCUCCUUUAUCUAGAAGCAAACGGAGUGUUGAAAUCAACCACUGUCGAAGAACCUCUCUCCAUGUGAAUUUUGAAGAAAUUGGCUGGAAAUGGAUCAUUGCACCUCAAGAUUAUGAGGCAUUUGAAUGCAAAGGGGGCUGUUUUUUUCCUUUAACUGACAAUGUCACCCCAACCAAACAUGCAAUUGUUCAGACCCUGGUGCACUACAAGAACCCCAAGAAAGCUGCCAAAGCCUGUUGUGUUCCCACUAAGCUGGAUGCAAUUUCCAUGCUUUAUAAAGAUGAUGCUGGGAUCCCCACCCUAAAAUACCAAUAUGAAGGGAUGAAAGUAGCAGAAUGUGGCUGCAGGUAGUAUCAGAAACACCUCUCUGAGAAGGGAGCGGGAAGCAGUUUUUGGCUUGUCUGUAGAUCUGUACAUUCACAAUGUAAAGUCGUGUGUGUACACCUUACUCUAUGGACAUUUCAUAGAAUGGCACUUGUUUGUAAAUAAAUGGUUGGAUAUGAGAAUUGUUGAAUUCUAAACAAAUGUCAUUCAAAUUAGUCAAGAACAUAUAUGUGGCCAACUGAUAUGUUCACAGCUAUAUCAAUUCUGGGGGGAAAGGUGUGAUUUCUUAAUUUGUUUCUGAAGGUUAGUGAGGAAAAAUGGGAAAUUUGUGGAAAGUAAAAAAAAAAAAACCACUUAUAAAAUAUUUUAUAUUUCAGAAUGAUUGAUAAGCACCUAGGGCUGCCACUCUGUCCGCCACUCAGAAGUCUGCUUCUGAACAUGUGGGGCCUUACUGGAAAGAUAUAUGUAAUUCUUGCUUGAAUAAAAAAUAAUAAAAAUAUACUUCUUUACAGCAGUAGCGGCUGGUCCUAAAGACCCGGCGGGGGGAGGUCAAAGGAGGCACACCUGCUUCUGCCUCUCUCCCACUCCAGCAUUAAUGAACUGUGCAGCUCUACCUGACAAAUGGCCAGUCUGCAGGCAGUG